AAUAGCGCAAACAUUUGGCGACGCAACUGCUUCGACGGAAAGAUCGGAAGAAGGUCCACCACCACGAAAAUUCGAAGUCGUUUCGCGUUCUUCUCGUUUAGAAACUAGAGGAACAGGUAUCCCCCUUCCCUCUCGUUCCCAGGAUACUAUCGUAUACGUAAAGUCAGACAAGCCGACGGGAGGCGAUUUUAGACCGUUCCGCGAGCUCUAUCAAAACCAGCUGUUAUUCGGCCUCGCUAGGCACCUGGUUCGAUCCUAUCCCGGUACCACGAUCGAGUUAGUGGGCAUCCGGCAGGCCGCCGCCAGGCUAUUAAGACGUCUGGUAGGCGCGAGUGAUUGGUCUUUCCGCACGGAUUUAUCGAAACACCCCCAAAACGGCAACCCGUCGUCGUCGUGGUGCUGCCGGGGCCCCGCCGUUAGCCGCGAGAGAUCGCGAGAAGGGAGCUUGGGAAGAUCGGCGGGAGGAUCGGCCUGUUCGUACGCGACUGGCACCGAUCCCUUGUACGCCGCUUGCUGGCGGCCCAGUGAGAUGGAGGAGAAGUCCUCUGCCCGAUUCUCCGAGUAUCUGUUCGCCAAGAUGGGCGGGCAGGACGUCUCGGCCUCUCAGGGUCCCCGUAAGGUGACCGCCGACACCAGGAAGUGGAUGCGAGAGAACCUGCUGCUCAUGGUCACCCUUUCCGGCGUUCUCUUCGGCAUAAUUCUUGGAUUUGGUUUACGACCUCUGGACCUCGGGGAUGAUGCGGUAAUGCUAAUCAGCUAUCCAGGAGAGCUCUUCAUGAGAUUGCUAAAGCUGAUGAUCUUACCUUUGGUAAUCGCCAGCCUUAUAUCUGGUUCGGCGAGUUUAAAUGCUAGGAUGAACGGAAUGAUCGCCGUUCGUACUCUGGUAUACUUCAUACUGACGUCCUUGCUCAAUGCUGUUCUCGGUGUAGUCCUAGUCCUCCUUAUUCAUCCUGGUAAUCCCGGCAUCAGAGAAUCGAUUAGCCCGUCGCAUCAUGCGAGAGCCGUUAACAUACUAGACAGCCUGCUCGAUUUAGGAAGGAACAUGUUUCCAGACAAUUUGUUUCAAGCAGCUUUCCAACAGGCACAUACGGUGUAUGUUCCAAAGAAGCAACCAUUCCAGAAUAACACUGAUCAGCUACCUACAACAGAAGUUUUAAGAGACGAGGAAUUGAUUAGAGUGAUACAGUAUAGAAGCGGAACGAACACUCUAGGAAUAGUCUUCUUCUGCUUGGUCUUUGGUACAUUCCUGGGAACACUUGGCGAAAAAGGUCAGGUUGUCAUAGAUUUCUUCAAGGCUGUGUUUGAAGUCAUCAUGCGAAUGGUCUCGACCGUUAUGUGGAUGACCCCGAUCGGCAUCACCUCUGUAAUAGCAGGCAAAAUACUCGCCGUGGACGAUCUGGUACUGGUGAUGUCGCAGCUAGCCUGGUUCAUCGUCACGAUCGCGAUCGGUGUCUUUCUCUAUCAGCUGGUGAUCAUGCAGUUGAUAUAUAUGGCCUUCGUUAGAAAGAACCCCUUUAAAUUCUACGCCGGCCUCGCCCAGGGUACUCUCACCGCCUUCGCCAUGGCAUCAACGGCUGCUGCACUUCCUGUGACUUUUCGUCUGAUGACCGAGAAGCUCAGAGUCGACCCUAGAGUCACCAGAUUCGUCUUGCCAAUCGGUUGCAAUAUUAACAUGGACGGUACCGCGCUUUUCGUCGCUGUGGCCAGCAUAUUCAUCGCCCAGAUGAAUGGUAUUUUUCUGGGUUUCGGGGAAAUUAUCACAGUUAUUCUAACGUCCACCGCCGCUUCUGUGUCGUCGGCCUCGGUACCAAGUGCUGCCCUGGUUUUGCUAUUGGUUGUUUUAAGCGCCAUUGAUGCUCCUGUUAAUGACGUUUCUCUUUUAUUCGCGAUCGACUGGUUUGUAGAUCGGAUAAGGACCACCAACAAUAUGUUAGGAGACUGUUACGCUGCUGCGGUGGUCGAGCAGCUGUCGAAAAAGGAACUGAUGGCAUUGGAUGCAGCAGCCUAUCAAUCGGAGACUGUUCUGCCAACUACUAUCGCCAAUGGAUGUCUUUCCGCCAACAGGGUACCUGAUCCUGACACCGUCGUUGUCGAGAUGCAAGAUGACGCACGAAUUGCGGGGAUCGCCAACCUCGGAAUUUUGCACAUGUCGAGAAGUAUAACAGAAGAGACCGUUUGACUAGUCGUUAACCCCGCAGAAUAAUUUACAUCGCGGAAUCUUGUUAACAAGCAAAUCGACUUCACCUAUAUUACAACAAGCCUAUUCAACGAGGAUCAAAAACAUAUGUACAUUGCGCCAAAGGCGUGUUUAGUUCCUCUGCUUCUCCUCGUUUUAAUAAUUUUCAAAGUUUGUAAAGAUUUUCCGCAAGGAGUUCUGUAUAGUGGGGCAAACUGCAAGAACUCUCAUGGGAAAUACGGUCGCCGUAUUGCAAGAUUCAAAGUCAAUAACGAUGGAGAAUGUGUUACGUGUGACGCAGGCACAGAGCAAUAAGAUAUAAUAUAUAUUGUACUUUGAAACUUUGGUCGAGACUUUCAAAGACUCGAGAAGAGAAAGCGAUUCGAUACUACGACGAUAUUAACUACGCUCGACGUUGUACAAGAGUCGGGAUAAUAAAAUCGUCCAACCUGCACACCAACCUGAGAAAUGAAAUUGGAUCGAAAAGAGAUAUUUAAUCGAACUGACCGACUCACAGCCGAAUAAACAAUAGUUGAUGAUCGUAAAUGAAGACACUCACUACAGCGAAUCAUGGAGAUCACCGAUUCGAUUGCAUCUUCGUAGAGAUCGAUGACCGGUUUCUACGAUCGAUCACCUAAACAGCGUCGAAUGUGGUGCCUUAUUUCGAUGCGCCAAUUAAGAAUAGGCGCGAUGAAAGUAAAAAAAAUUGAAUUUUUUUUCGGAUGUACCCUCGUGCCAUGAUCAUGUGUAGUGUUAGAUCGCCAACCCCUGACGCUUUUUCGAUGUCUUUAGAAUGUCCUAGCCCAAAAUACGAGGAUCGAGCACGACUGUCUUCAGUGACGCGACAAAUACUUUCUCUAUCGGAGAUAAAGGAAUUUUUUACGAUGAUUGUGGAAAAGAGGAGCUUCAUGUGAUAAUUGUUAGAUAGCUACGUGUAUCUACACAUAUCUACAGGAUACACAACAAAUACACACAUUUUGAUUAUCUUAUAUAUAAUUAUAAUGUACGGUUUAAAGACUGCAUCAGACUCCGUGAAAGACCAUUCGCUUUAUAUCACGUAUUAAUUACGUCACUGAUUACAAUCCAAAUUAAGAGAAGGAAAUUAAUUAUAACGAUUACAUAACAAUAAUGCAUGUUUAGCGGAGAUCAAUAUAGACCCUACGCAGAAGAUACGACAAAAGAAGACUUACAACUGGGCAUAGGACUUUAAAUAGAUUUUAGAAGUCAUAUCGAAUUAACUAUCGGACCAUUAACUGACAAAAAAACUGGUGCAUAGAACCACUUUAGGUGUUCUACUUUUGAAAGACGAGUGUCUUUGCGAAAGAGUGCUUGAGACAGACAUAUUAUGUUUUGUAUAAAAUCAGACACGCAGUUUAAAAAAAUUCUCUAUUAUUUUUUAGCAAUCAAAUUUCUAAAAGAAAUUUAAUAUGGGAGCAAUGUUGGAAAGACUUUCGAUGACUUACAUUUUUAUUAGUCAUAAUUAUGAAUCUCCAAGAUUCUGUCUCAUCGCACUCUAUUUCGAUUAUAGUGCUCCUUGCAUAGAAAUAAUAUACCUUCCAGUAUAAUGUUGUCCACUCAAUAGCUUAGAAUAAACAAAAUUCAUGUUUUUUUUCCUA